AAUUCCAAAAUCCUUCAGACAAUUAAAAAAAAAAAACUGUGGGAACAAAUUUAAACAAAAGCCCUAAUUCAUUUUGCUUUGGAAAGAGGGUUUUCUUGCAGUUUGGGGCAUCAGAUUGUUUCGCCGUCAGUUUCAGCUAUGGCUGCAAAGAUUCUUGCAAAUUUGAUCGUGAUGGGUUCUGGGAUACUAGCUAGGGCUUUUGUUCAAGCCUAUCGUCAAGCACUUGCAAAUGCCUCAAAAUCUGGUGUUGCUCAAGAAACAUUGCAAAAUACCAUUCGCAGAGGAAGCAAGGCCAUGACAGAGCAAGAAGCUAGGCAGAUUCUUGGCGUCACUGAGGAAACUGCUUGGGAGGAAGUUAUGAAGAAAUACGAUGCCCUAUUUGAGAGGAAUGCCACAAAUGGAAGUUUUUACAUUCAGUCAAAGGUUCAUAGGGCUAAGGAAUGUUUAGAGGCAACCUAUCGAGAAAAAGGCCCGAGUACUCCUAGUUGAGGGUGAAGUGAAACGAAAGCCCUACUUGCAAUCUCUGUCCCUUGCCUUGUUCAAUUAUUUUUAUAUGGGAAUGAAUGUCCUGGAGAUAGAUAUUGUAAAACAGUUUUGUUUUCUAAUAUAUGUGGUCAUGAGUUGUUCGACAAGACAUUUUAGCUGCUGAUGCUUAUUAGUCCUGUCGUUACAAAGUGAUAUAAAAUAUUGACAUGUACAGAUACCAUCCUUCUUGGUUAACUGUCUUUGUUGAAAAUGGCAUGAAUAAAAUAAUAUCACACAUUUGAUAUUUGCAA